AUGGCUCCCGCUAACGAGCAGAUACACCAUGUGAGCCUGGAUGUGGAAGAUGCUCCUGAGAAGCCUCUUUUCCUACCGUGCGCGUAUUCGUUUUCGGCGGCGAAUCAGGCUGGGCACACGAAGAAGGUAACAAUGAACGCCAUCCUCCUCAUGUCCUUCUGCCUAGGCAACAUCCUCGGCCCGCUCACCUUCCGCGACGAAGACGCCCCCUCGUACACCCCGGCCAAGGUCACCAUCGUGGCCGUCGACUCCGUCGCCAUCGUGCUGACGCUCGUGUUGCUGGCGUGGUAUGUGUGGCAGAACCGCAAGCGGGAGAAGCAGACGGCGGGGAUCGAGCAGGAGCCGGAUGUGGAGUUUGCGGAUUUGACGGAUCGUGAGAAUGCGUGGUUUAGGCAUAAGUAUUGA